AUGGACUUACGAUAUUUACUCUGCCACGGAGGUCAAAUCCAUUUUAAUGAUUUUAAUUAUAAUAAUAAAAUAAAAAAUGAAAGUGAUUUCCAUAAUUUCUAUAAUAAUAAAAAUAAUAAUAAUAAUAAUAAUUUUAAUAAUAAUAAUUUUAAUAAUAAUACCAAUAAUUUUAAUAAUAAUUUUAAUAAAAAUAAUAAUUAUAAUAAUUUUAAAGAUAAUCUAAAAAUGGGAGAAAUUGAAGAUAAACUAAUUGAGAAUUUCACUAAUAAUUUUAAUAAUAAUAUUAAUAAAGUUAUUUUUAAUAAUAAUGUAAUUAUUAACUUUAGUAGUAACCAAAUCGAUAAAAAUAAUAAUAAUGAAAAUUUAAAUAAUCAAAUAAUAGAUUUAACAAAUAAUAACAAUAACAGUAAUAAUAAUAAUAAAAAUAAUAAUUAUGAAAAUAAUAAUAAUGAUAAUAAUAAUAAUAAUAAUAAUAAUAAUAAUAAUAAUAAUAAUAAUAAUAAUAAUAAUAAUAAUAAUAAUAAUAAUAAUAAUAAUAAUAAUAAUAAUAAUAAUAAUAAUAAUAAUAAUAAUAAUAAUAAUAAUAAUAAUAAUAAUUAUAAUGAUGAAAAACGAACCUCAAAUGAAAAUAUUCCAAUACUUAAAAAAUAUGAAUCUCCAAUUAAAUUUUCAGAAUCACAAUUAUUACAACUUGAACAACAAUUAAGACAACAACAACAAAUUGAUUAUCAACAAACUGAACAAAUUCAAAACCCUGUAAAUUCAACAACAACAACAACAACGACAACAACGACAACAACGACAACAACACAACAAUCCCGAGUUGAACCAAAAAGUAGAAAGAAACCAUAUAUUAGAAGAGCACCAAGACAAAAAAUUACUUUUAAAUAUGUUCCAAGCCAUCUAUUAGAUCAACAUAAAGAAUAUUUACAAAAAAAGCAACAAAAAAUACAACAAUACCAAGAAAAAUUACAACUAAAACUUAAAGAAAAUCCGAAUCAAUAA